CUUGGCUGCCACCGUAACGACCUACCAACUUUGGCCAUCCAUCCUUGACUGAUCAUUCUCGGCGACGAGCUAGCGGUUGGCCAAUGGUCCAUUUUUCCAUGCAUAAUGGGUCGCAUUGUCAUGCCGUUCCGCACAUUUUGCCGAGCAGACGCGAGGAACAUAUACCUACCCCUCGACUCCCCAAUUUAAAAUUCUCCGAAGCCAACCCACCUUUGCCAACUGGCCGAUGUCCUUUGCAUAUUCACCUGCCGGGCCGGGGUUGGCGCCCUUUUCUACUCGAUUAGUAAGACGUCUAUGAUGUCUAUUUACAUGGUGUCCUUUCAUCGGCAAUCUUCGACUGCCACCAGGUGACUUCUUGGCCGGCUUCCAAGCUUCU